AGUCCAUCAGACAGCCAGAAGACUUUAGUGUUGCCUGGGAGGCCUCUCACUCAGCAAAGCAGGGUUCGGAAAGCGGUGCAGGACAUCAGGAUUUCGCUUUGCAAAGAGGAGCCUGAGAUCUCUGAACAUUCGAUGUUUGGGGACUACCUUGGGUGGUGUCAUCAUAUCAUUGAAGCCUGUGGUUUCCACAUGGUUUCGCAGCUGAGCACUUAUCGCCAGUUCUGCUCAUGGUUGGGCACGCAGAAGUCUGAGACCACAACGACGUCAACGCCGAAAUCGUCUCCUUCCCCAUCGGCGUCGGUGAAGAGCAGAGGGAGCGCAGAGGUGAAGCCUCUGAAGCGAGCCCUUGCUUACAUGAACCUCGAAGAGGUGCUGUCAAGAAGCCUGGUGGCUUUUUGAACGAGUUCAACGGCUUUGACUUGGUGAAACUUGGCGUGCCACUGGAA